UGCCGCGAUGAUGUCUGUUAGAGAAUUUUUCUUGUGUCUUUCCAUCCCGCUGCUUGCUCAGAGUAAUGUUUUAGAAAACAUUGUACCCGCUGAUAUUAAAGCUCUACGGAUUGGUGAAAACGUGACACUCCAGGCCUACAUCUUCUAUGAUUCUGCGUUCGUCGAGAAGACGAAGAAAAACAGUGAAAGCGUUGGUGAUGACAGUGAUCCAAUGAAAAAGUAUUUCGAAGACUUAUUUAGAAAGGUUGAAUUGGCCUUUCACAAUGAGUCAGUAAUGAUAAGCGUCGAGGUAGAACACGUCAGUCAGAAAAAUGACCUGUCGGUCUAUUAUUACGAAGGGUUCCUAAACGAAAAAGCCACGCUGGAGAAUGUUACUGCUUAUGGAAAAUCUUUAGGUCAACCAUCUAACACCAUAUUUUACCAUUUUACUUGGAGCAAGCAUAAGUUCAUCUCCACCAACGUAAAGACCGGUGCUAUAAGUCAGUCAGCCGUGGAGACGGAUGGAACGUUUUGCUCCCAGAAUACCAGUGCUGCAGUCAUAGGGCACUUGCAUGGAUCUAUGAAUAGAGAAUCGACAGUCAAGGCAACCGCCUUUAUAUUUGGGUCGCUACACUUCUUGUGGUUUGAUGAACAGGACAAGCAAAAUAUGAAUGAGACGUUCUUGAGGUGUCUCAAUAAGGAGAAAAUACCUGAAGAUAUUCCAGCGUGUUGACAAAAGCGAGCUGACAGCUGCGUACCCACACACCUUCUAUUGUCUUCAGUAAAAAAUGCUGCAAGAGAGAUGCUAUUGAAAAAAAUUGGUCUAUCUUUGAAAAACAAAUCGUUAAGUAGGUAUCUGGCUUAGGCUUUCAGCGAUAAAUAAUUUCGAAUACUUUUGCUAUGCACACAUUUCUUGCAUGUGGCUGUGGCGUAUACAAUAUUCUGAAGUUGUCUCUGACCAUAUGUUUCACUUACUACCUUUUUUAAGAAAAUGUUUUUCACCCUCUUCCCAGUUUGUUACCUGUUUUAUUCGUUCCUAACCGCUAUUAAAAUACUGAGACCACACUACAUUCGGAUCACACAUCCUGCACCCUGUCCUCACUCUCAUGCAUACAUAAUCACCCGCCGUCGGAUGCAAUCUUCGGUUAAAUAUUGCUCGCUCCAUGAAUACUUCAUUCACUCACCCAACUUAUAAUAUAUGCGUAUAGCAGCAAUUGAUUUAGGUGCGAGAAGUUGUCGCCUGAACUUCUUUCAGCAGUUCUAAGUGCUGUUAUAUUUGGCUACUGCUGGCCUGUAUUACAGUACACAAUAACUACGCCGAAACUCGGCCGGCAAUUUUGGUGACAUCCUCACCAGGCGAAAUUUUAAAAACGGAAGCCUUAUUCUUUGCAUGUUCCGUUAGCGUCCAAAACAGGUAUUUCAUGCAAGCACGCAAUGUUUCAAAGCCAUGGACAUGGCGUAGUGUGUAAAUAAAGAGAACGGCACAUUGUACACAUCAUAUGUUGUAUGUAUUUUGAGGUACCAUUCAAAGAACCAGUUCGAUUCCAACACCCGCAGUGCACCUAUUGGUUCAGACGGGCAAAGCAUACACCUGCCUUGCGUUCGACUUUCUUCAGGGGUGAUACGCUUAGGAAAGCAGCUUACGCCCCUAAUUUCCGUUCAGACAGCAAGCCCCCAUCCGACAAGUAGUAGACCAUUCCACCAGGUAUGCGGGAGGUAUUGAGUUCAAAUUUCUGGGCCAGCGGAAACUCACCGUUUUUUGCGAAUCAAUAGAGAUGUCCCAUGACCUGAUGCUUGGCUUCUUGUCAGGGUUUAGAAACUUGAAGUGGGCCCAGUAGAUCUUAUGUUUGUGCUCUCUGGGCGCCUCUUGUCGAACCACACACGGCCUUGUCGAACCACCACGCCCACCCCCGAUUUCGCUGCGUGUGACCUCAAAAUGGAAGCCAGUUUCAGAGAUCAGGCCAAGCACCUGGCAGAUUCUGAUUAUCCUAUGCGUAUGCUCACUUCUGUCGAGGAGGGCUUAAGCAGGAAGUGCAAAAGCACGUCGAAUGGAAGCAGUGCCAAUGCUAGAGCAAAGAAAGUUGCUGUGGUACCAUACAUUUAUUGCAUUUCACAUAUUCUCAGAAGAAUAGUGGCGAAAUCGGGGGUGGACGUGGUUUUCUCUGCCCCUGAGCGCGCAGAGAAGCUGUGCAAACAGGUUAACACAGAGAAUAACAAAAGGCACGCAUGUUCUACAUAACACCGCAAACAAUUUUUAACCUGUACUCAUAACGUUGUCUAUGCCAUCCCACUUUCUUGCGGAAGAACGUAUAUUGGUCAAACCGGCAGAUGCAUCAACGAGAGAUUAAAAGACCAUCGAUAUAACAUCACUAGGGUAAUCUCGGGUCAUUUGGGUAUUCACUGCCGAGAUUGUUCCUGCAAGCUCAUGUUUGAAAGCACUUCGGUUCUGUAUAAGGCUCAUAGCAGGAUGACGAGGGAGAGUGUGGAGGCCUAGGAGAUUGCAAAAUUAGAGCAACAGUGCGUAAGCAAGCCUUCGGUGUCACUAACGGAAAAGGAGAUACGAUUCCUCGGUUUAUCUUUGUGACCAUUGCAGUACAUGUUUUCGCUUGCCUUGCACACGUGUACGGUUCAUCGAAAUGCACCACUGAAUGCUCUUUUUUGCUGUUACGUUUGUUUCCGCUCGCACGGUAUAUAUUUAUCGAUGCGUGCGAAAA